AUGUCUCCCAAAUCGAAAGCUGAACAAUCAGCCAAUCCAGGUGGUCCGACAGACUUGAUCACAAACAGCGUAUAUCUUCAAUCAACCUUCACUAAGCUGCUUGGCUUCCUUCCUGUUGUCUUGUCGACCGUGGUCAGCCUCGUCAUCUUAGCCAGUUUUCGAGAGGACUGGAGAAUCCGAAAUGGCUUUUACUACGACUGGAUCAUUAAAAACAGAGCACCAACGCAGGUCAUAGUGCAAAUUCUUGCCGGGCUUCUGGGAUUAGCGUUGGUUUCGCCUCUUCGUCUAGCUUCGAACUACGCUGCCCGUCGGUCGCUCGCACGUCGUCCCAUAUCCAUGGACCAGUUAGGUCUCUAUAGUGCCCUCACAACGGCUCAAAUCAACUGGUCGCUUCCGAUGUCAUAUCUCUCUGCACUUUUGGCGUUCGCGGCCUUUGCAUUGCUCCCCCAAGCUUUGUGGGCAGGUGCGCUUACUCCUGUUUCAGUGCUCGUGGCAGACAAUAGACUACUCCAAAUUCGAGUACCGGCAUGGAGCAAUGAUACGCGAGCUCUAUGGUCUCAAAAUUGGUACAAUUAUGCCAAUGAGGCCAAUGGUCCAUCUUUGCAGACGAAUAUAGGGAUCUUUUCCUACGCUGUACACACGAGCCGUUAUUCAUACCUCAUCAAUGACGGCUUGACAGCGUCGACUCUCGGCGGAGAGCCCCCCGCUUUUGCGAAAAGCGACAACACCAAUUACACCUAUCACGGGCGGUCCUACGGUGCCGGUUCGUCUGUUGGGCUCAAUGACAGUUUCGUCAACACGGACUCUCACAUUACCAGCUACGAAUACCUCGAGACCGCUUAUCAAAUCAAGUAUAAUUGCAUCUAUAACGGGUCUCUGUACGUCACGCUCGAUGCGCGAGAAGAUGCAGCUCCAGUUGAAUACUAUGCACAUUGGGACCUUAACGGCGGUUACUUGACAGGCAGUUUUUGGAACGGCUCACCGAUGAUUGUGGCUGCAAUGACAGUUGGAAAUGGAUUCCUAAUAAAUGCGUUAGGGUACAGCCAGCUCCAAAACGUUUCAUGCACGACAAAGGUCGUUCCCACCAUUUUCCGCGUUGCCGUCGAUGUCAUCCAAAAGUCGAUCACGGUGACACCAGUCAGCCAGGAUAGCGUCAAGAAUGUAGAGCAAACGAAUACAGUCGCCGCUCAAAGCACAGAUUCGAUGGGUUCCUUAUCCAUGAUAAGCACCACUUCAUUCACAUCCCUUCUCGGAGAUAUGUUGGUCAACAACAUUUUCAGGGUCCAACAACAGAACACAAAUGAGACAGUCGAGCGAAAGAAUCUCAGAGGUAUUGAAGAGUCAGCAAAUGCGAUAUAUGAUCAGGCCUUCAUCGGAGCAGCGAGUGCUCAGCUCGUUCUCGCGCAGGAAUAUUCAACACAAAAUGUCACUGCUGUUGUUCAAGUCCUUGCCGUGGGUGAGGCUGUAUACAUCUACCUAGUCACGGCUUUGAAUCUGCUAGUUCUUGCAGGACUCUCUUUCGAGGCUUUCCGUACUCGACUUUGGCUCGGGCUGCCAAAAUUGGACUUUGUUGAUACUAGGAGCGCAGUCAUCGCGAGUUCUGCAGGUGGCAUUGGGGUCUCUGAAUCUGUUGAGCAAAGGCUCAAUGCUCAUGGUCGAACCUGGGAUGGUGCAGCUGGGAAUAGGAUAGCUGGAAAGAUCAAGGUCAUGCUCACUUACGGACUAGCCGGUCCGAGUAUAUCUUUGAAUUAG